AUGAGCCAGGCACUCAUUCAACCGAGGAGUCAUGUACUGCAUACAGUCAACGCCUGCUCCAAGCGCUUCAGUCACCUCGGUUAUGCGUUGGGCAUCCCUCUUCGAGCACCUCAGGUACACCACCAUCAAACAGCAAUCAUCCCACCAACAACCCUGUUUCAGCAUUCUUCCCAACUCUACCGACUCAUCGCGCUUCUCGCUUCACCACGGCUUUAUGGACGCGCUGCUCGAAUGCAUGAGACUCUGUACUUGCUUCACAGGCGGCCUUCACACAGAAAGUUGCUAUACCACCAUGAUGUCGUCUACCACGUGUUUGGAGUCAAAGCCGAUUGCAUGAUUGGCAUGCUCCGAUUCCAGGCUACCCUCUUACUACUGUUCAUCUGCAUAUGGUCGGGAGACACUCAGCGCGUAUUCCGAAGAGCUUUGCUCGAAGACCCCAUUCCUCGACGCCUCGAUGCCCGCAUUCAGACCAAGAAACAAGACGACAGAAAACAAGCCAGAUAUUCCCAGAACUCAAAACGCGCAAUGCUUGCCUUCACGACGGCUGUCAAGAUCCCAAGCUUCUCAUUAAGCCAAGUCUGUUGA